AUGAAAAAAUGUGAUAAAAUAGAGAAACGUGUCAGCGGGGUGUGCACUGUAUGUUACUGACCUACGACGUAACCUCAUUUCGCUUAAACUAUAGGAUUUUGUUCCACAAGGCAAAGGUUAUGGCCCUGAAGGAAAUAAACUGGUCAAGCAAUGGGGUAUUGAUGAACAGCUGAAACGUUUGGCAUCUGUUCCUCCCACAAAGUCUGCUUUAGAUAUUUGGCAGGUAGAGAAGUGACAGCAUUGAAUCAGCAUUCCCACAUCAUGACAUAUAACAUACGCAACAUACAUAAAUGCAGUCAGGCAUCUCCUGAUGUAGUACCACAGUCAUAUUUAUUGAUGAUUGGCAUCCAGUUCUAUAGAGGAUCUGUUAUACAACUGUGUGGUGAUUGCAGAAAUUUGGAAAAUGCAUUUGUUAAGUAAAUGAGUAAAGCAAAUUUUGAACACAAAUAUUUAAUCUCAAGAAAUGAAGAAUGCACUUCCCCUCAUAUUGUGACAUUUAGCAAAGCAGUUGAUGAUUUGUUGGAUGGUGGGAUUGUGGUGGGGGAAAUUACUGAGCUGUGUGGGGCACCAGGGUCAGGCAAGACUCAAAUGAGCCUACAGGUAUGUGUGGAUGUUCAAAUACCAAGAUCCUUUGGUGGUCUUGAAGGAGAAGCACUGUUCAUAGAUACAAGUAGUGGCUUUACACCAGCAAGACUAAAAGAAAUGGCUGAAGCAUGUGUAGACCAUUGUCAGCUGGUAGCAUUCCAUCAGGACCAAGAAGAUAUGGGACAACAGAUUGAGAACUUCACAGUAGAUGCUGUAAUGCAAGGGGUCUAUUAUGUUGCUACUCAUGACUAUGUGGAGUUACUUGCAGCAAUAUAUAGCAUUAAUGACUUUCUGCAUCAAAAGAGACAGGUCAGGUUAGUAGCGGUGGAUAGUCUGGCUUUUCCAUUUCGCAAUGGAAUCCUGAAUUCUCUUCUAAGAACCAGAUUAUUGUGUGAUGUUAUGCAAGAACUGAGAAUGGUGGCAGUGAAGCAUAAUGUAGCUGUAUUAGUAACAAACCAGCUGACCACUAAAAUAGGUCCAGGAAAUAGUCACUUGGUGCCAGCUUUAGGUGACAGUUUUGGUCAUUACAGCAAUCAGAGACUUAUGUUGGGUAACCUGCAGCGUGGGCGUUACGCAGCUGUUCUCUUUAAAAGUACAAGACGGCAACAGUCAUCUGCUGAGUUCCAGAUAUUGAAGAGUGGUAUUCGUGAUUGCAGUGUAUCAGUGAAAUAGCAUGUUUUUUUAAGUGUGAUUCAUUGGUUAAUGUAAUGUUAUGUACUAUAUGCUAAAUUGUUUUAUGUUUUGUGUAUUAAAUAUAGUUGAAGAUGCAUAAAAUAUGCAGACAUAACCACUGUGAUAUUUUAAUUUUAGUUACAUUUUACCAUUGGACAUUGUAUAAUAUAUACAAUUGAGAAAGCAUAAUGAAUCUUUUCUACGUAAGAUUGUGGUUUUCAGAAUUUCAUAUGAAACAACCUUGAAAAGCUUUUAACUUAAGUUUAAUGCUGAAUGCAUGGUGAUUUAUGACAGGUUUAAUUCUAGUAUCAUUGAACCUUUUUGUAUAUCAGCUAACUAACUCCAUGGAGCAGAGUCCUAUUUGAGAAGCUAAUAGCUGCUCUGCUAAUCAGAAGGUUAUCCACCUAUAUGGAACCCGAAGGUUCAUUACCAUGUUUACAAGAGCCUGCUACUGGCUUCUGUCCAGAGCUAGUUGAAUCCAGUCCGUGCCUUCACAUCUUAUAUUUAAAGAUCCAUCAUGUUUCAUGACUAAAUUUUGUAUGCAUUUCUCAUCUGCAUCAUGCAUGCUACAUGUCCAUCCCAUCUUAUCCUUGAUUUGAUGGCCCUAACGAUAUUUUGUGAAGAGUGUAAGUUAUGAAGUUCCUCAAUAUGUAAUUUUCUUCAUCCUCUUGAUCCUUUCUUUCUCUUAGGUAUCAUUCUUUGGAUUAGAAAUUAAGUUUCACACCUUUUCAGAACAGUGGGCACAAUUAUAAUUUUGUUAUUCAUUUAGUGGAUGUAUUUCUGGUAUUUGUCAUUGUAAACCAACUAAGCUUUGUGGUGGCAAUCACUGUGUGUCUUUAUUCCACACUUGAAGUGCAAAGCUAGCGUCUGUAUAGAUCCAUGUUUUUGUAUUUUGCACAUAAAAUUCCAUUUCUAAAUCAACCUUCUGUUACUAUGUGAGAAGAGCUUUUACUGAAAUAAAAGUACUGUACAUUUUGA